GUUCAUCACUUGCUGACAUUGCAUAUCAGGUGUAUCAGCCCAUGACUAUAUCAUCAUCUUUCCCCGCUUGAGCUCAUCCCACUCGUUCACGCCAUAAUGAACGACCCUUCGCUUGUUACCCAAGAUGUCGACCCCAUCGAAAUCGUCCACGAAAUACAAGUCCUGACCGAUGUCGAAACCGAGCUCGCCAAUGCGGCUCUCAAAGCUGCUCAAGCUCCUGCCUUCUCUGGUGAAAUAGCUGAGGAGGCUGAAACCGUAGAGCAGAGUCUAGAAAAUGCAAUUUCCGAGACAAAGGAACACGUCGAUACUGUGGAUAUUGCACUCCCUAUUGGGUCUAAUGGUGAAAUCUCCACCAGCGCUAUCUCUUCUGUCCGAGACUCUGCAUCUCAACAUGCAUCUGCAUCCGCCUCUGCAACCGAGCCUCUUGACCAAGUGACGCCUGACGUGACUAUGUCUCAUGAACCUUCCGACCCUGCACGCGACCUCAAAGAUACCUUGGCGACAGUGACGGCCGAGAUUACGGUUCCUGUUUUGUCAGACGAGGUAAUACUUCCCUCAGAUCAGGUCUCCAACGAGGAGAUAGCGGUGGAAUCGACUGAACCUGUAAUACAAGUCGAAGUACCUUCUUCCGACACGAUCGAAAGCCAUGUCCCUGCCGUCCAAGUCGUGUCAGAACAUGUCGUCCCUUCAUCUCCGGCCCCCGCAAUUCAGACUGUUGCACCUGUUGUGUCCAUCGUGACGGAGACUACCUCAGCAGUCAUCGCCCCUGUACUCCCCCAGCCCAUAGUAUCGGCAGCGCCUGUCGUCCCUUUUCCUCAAGGAUUGUCAGAAAAUUCUUCAUCCGUCGUGGCCAACCCCAAAUGGAUCCAGCAAUGGCGACAUGCCCCAAAAGAUCCAUACAUAAUCCUGGCACUGUUUAGCUGGGCGAUCCAACGAGGUGAAAUCAACGAUGCUCGAGCAUGGUUUUCUCUACUCUAUGCUGAUAACCCUUCGGCGUACCAACCAUUGUUGGUGUUGAUACAGAUGGAACUCGAUCUUUCCAACUUCCCUCAAGUCGAAGAAUUGUUUGCAAAAGCGUUGAAGGGUCCUUCUGGGGAAAUCACCUCGGCCGCUGAUGUUUCAAUAUGGAAAUCAUACCUGCACUACAUCCGACGACAAAACCCAAUAACUGAAGGGUCACCCACUGCAGAUCAAACCCGCGAGACCGUCAGGAAAGCCUACGAAUUCGCUCUCAAAGAAUGUGGACAUGAUCGGGAGAGCGGAGAAUUGUGGCAGGAGUACAUUCAUUUUCUCGGAGAAGCAAAUCCAAAGAAUACCUGGGAGACGCAACAGCAAAUGGACCGCCUACGCGCGGUGUAUCAAAGGGCGAUUUGCAUCCCCCUGAACAAUCUUGAGAGUCUGUGGAAGGCCUACGACGCUUUCGAAUCUGGAAUCAAUAAGGCUGCGUCCAAAAAAUUCUUACAAGAACACUCGCCAGCCUAUAUGACGGCCCGUACCGCUCUUCGUGAACUCAAAAACCUUGUUGACCCCAUCCCUCAUCCUCCUAUUCCUCCCCAUCCCACAUUCUCGGACGAAGAUCGCUCCGCCGUAUCUCAAUGGAAGGCGUAUCUCAAAUGGGAGGAGUCGAAUCCUCUCGUGAUCGAAGAUCCAACAAAACUAGACGAACGUAUUUCGUAUGCCAUCCGGAAAUGCCUCGGAGCCAUGCGUCAUUUCCCAGAACUAUGGUUCCAAGCUGCUGAAUAUUACGUCGCACAAGAAAAGAAAGAUCAAGUUGUCGAAGUACUCAAAGCGGGGGUGGAGGCUUGUCCCAAGAGCUUUUUGUUGACUUUCGCCCUGGCGGAUCUGGAGGAGGACAGAGGGAAUGUUACCGGGGCAGGUGCGGCGUAUGAGGAGUUGAUAAGUAAAUUAGGCGAGGAAUUGGAGGUAUUGGUGAGGGAUGUGGAGGAUGAAGUAGAGGGAGCUAAAGGUCCAGCUGUGGAGAAUGGGGAGGAAGGAAAAGAAGAGAGGGAGAAGAGGGGUAAAGAGGUGGAAGAGAGGAGAAAGGGAGAAGUGGAGGAAAAGACGGUGGCUUUAGGGGUGGUUUGGGUGAUGUAUAUGCGUCAUGCAAGAAGAGCUUCUGGUAUCAAAGCUGCCAGAGGAGUAUUCGGUAAAGCUCGUAAAUCGUCUCAUGCCACUUGGCACGUAUACGAAGCUUCCGCGAUGAUGGAAUAUCACAGUAAUAAAGAUUCGUCCGUCGCGAUAAGAAUAUUCGAAUUGGGUCUAAAGUUGUUCGCUGAGGAUGGUGAUUAUGUUGUCAAGUAUCUGCAGUUCCUUCUCUCCAUCAACGACGAUACGAACGCCCGCGCAUUGUUCGAACGUUCAGCUCUCAAGAUCCCUGCGGAGAAAGCUAGACCGUUAUGGGAUGCUUGGGCGAGAUACGAAUACAUGUACGCUGAUCUGGCUGCGGUACAGAAGCUCGAAGCUCGAUUUGCGGAGGUAUUCCCGAAUGACUCUCCUCUCAAGCGAUUCGCUCAAAGAUUCACAUAUUCCUCAUUGGAUGAAAUCGCCACACAGGACCUAGGUUUCCGUCGUAUUUUGUCCCAAUCCCAAUCCCAACCUCAACCUCAACCUCAUUCUACUCUCCCUCCUCCACCUCAACAAACUCAGCAAUCUCAAACUUUCGAAACUCAACCUACUCAACUCCCUCCUAAUCCCGUUCCCGCCCAUCCAUCUCUCCCUCCUAACCCAACCUUACCCCCUUACCCCACCUCUAAUCUCCCCCUUCAGCCCAUCCAUUUCUCUCCUCCUCAAAAACGACCAGCACCAGAAUCACCUCCCCGUCGACCUCGUUCACCUCAACCUAGGAGAAACAGUCGUGAUUAUUCUCAACCUAACGAAGAACCUCUACAUAAACGCGCCCGUCCGCAGAAUAGGUAUCCUUCUAUGAACGAACGAACUAAAGAACGUAGUCCUAUGUUACCUGUCCCUCCUGCUCCUUAUCGUGAUAGAGGGGAUAGAGCACCUAGUGGAGUUGCUCCGAUGUAUCCGUCUCAAGGUUUGAGAGAAGGAUAUGAUAGAAGUGGAUUGAGUAGACCUUUGGCAGGAUUCUUCGGAUCAUUACCUAAUGCUAGGUAUUUUGACGGACCAAUCUUCCGUCCGGACGAUAUCAUAGGUUUAUUCAAUAAUGUCGAUAUGCGUGGGAACGGUAUACCUCCGUCUGCUCCACUUCCGGCCACUUAUGGUGGAAGGGGAUAUGAUCGACCAGAUCUGAGGUAUCCACCUGCACCCCCUCCUCCGACAUACGGUGGAAGAAGGUAUUGAUCACUCUCUCCGUCUUACAUUCCAUUUUAGUGGGAUCCAUAAUCAAAUCAAAAAGAACCUAUGUCAAACACAUCUAAACAUGUUAAUACUGUCAACUCGAAGAACGAACUCCUGGGACUAGUAGAUGAAAAAGAUGAGCCCAUACGGCGAAAAGUGUCACCUGAUCAUAGAUGCAUCCCUCUCAUCU